AUGGCGAAACCCCCACGCCUCCAGAACUGGGUCCGCGGCUUGCUGGGAGAACUUGCGCUUGCGCACGGCGAACUGGACGCGUGGAUUGCGCGGGAAGAGAAGGCGACCAAGCUUGCCAACAUGCUGUGGUGGUUUCACACCACGCACCCGGAGGAGAACCAGCGCACCGGCGUUCCCUUCGAGCAGCGGGUCCGGGCCCUCAUAGAAACCGUCUACUGGCUUCACACCAGCCUCGCGCAUAACCACAAGACACUCGACCAUGUUGGGCUGCUCUCGUUCACGAUGGCAAUUCAAUCGGGAAAAGCUGGUACUUGGGAUGUUCAGUCGCACCUAGCUGGGCUGUACAGGAGCGCCUGCGAAGCAUUCGUCGGGGAAUGGGAGGAGAAAUGGCGGAACUGGGUUGGCCUCUAUGUGCACUUGCUCCUCAAGCCGACCAUUGCUCGCCGGGUCGCCCGGAUGCACGGUACGACGAAGGAGAGGUGGGAGAGGGAGGUAAGGGCGUUCUGA